UCUUCUUUUUCUUCCUCUCUCUCUCUCUAUGUUCGACACACUCAGAUUGAAGCUCUCAAUCCACCGACGCGAAGCCCUCAGAUCUGCGGGAGGGGUAAUAAUCACCAUGACAUCUUCUCAAUCAUCAUCUUUAGAUAAUGAUUUUGUGAUGGAGUCACCAACUUGUUGGUGUGGUUUGAAAACGCCACUAAAGACGUCCUACACUAAGAAAAAUCCUGGAAUGAGAUUUUUUGCCUACCCCAAGUAUAAUACGGGAGAUGCGAGGUGUAAAUUCUUCGUAUGGGCGGAUAUUUUUCAGUUGUUAGUGGAGAACAUAUUAUUAAAAGAGAAUAAGGCCUGGAAGACAUGGGAUGAUGUAUUACGCCGCGAGUAUGCCGUUCGAAAAAGGGAAGAAAAAGUGAGAGAGAUAGCGAAGAAUUUGAAAAAAGAAAAGCGAAAGUUAUUGUGUUUGUACUAGAUUAUUACCUUUGUAAUAUUGUUUGUGUGGUUAGGAUAAAUGUAAUGUAAAAAGCACGUUGUAUGAAUUAUGUAAUUUUUGAGUAGAAACAGCUUGU